AUGAAUUUACAAUCGCUGGGGCGCCAGACGUGGGCGUUGACGAGGAAGAACCUCCUCAUCGCCGUUCUUCGAAAGUGGCGCUCGACUUUCUUCCGAUCUCUCCUCUUCCCGAUAGUUGUUCUGGUCCUCUUGCUCGAAGUUCAGAACUUCUCCAAGGAUACCAACAGAUAUGGAAUCGCCGACCCUCGUUCCGUCAGCAGCCUUGCCGAUAGCAUGGCGAGUAAUUCGAAAUCGCUUGUCUUGGUUCAAGAGCCUGGCCUUGGGUCCGACUUUCAGCCUGUUCUUGAGAAGAUUACAGACCCCCUAGAUUCGAAUCGACUUAUUCAUCUGGAUGGCUCUAGCAAGAUCGACGCCACCUGUCCGGUGGAUUAUCAUGGAAACUCGCCAUGCCAUGCGGUAGUAAUCUUCAAGGACUCGCCUCUCAGCGGACAUGUCAACGCAACAUGGAACUAUACUAUCAGAACAGACCCCAGCCUCCACUACUGGUCUUUCAACGUCUUCGACACGAACAGCGCCGUCGACAAGGUCUAUCUACCCCUGCAACUAGCUAUCGAGAAUGCGAUGCUCAACUUAACCGAGAGCCCGGACUUCAUGCCUUAUACGUCUGAAACACAAGAGGAAGUGGAUGAGCAGUCAAGGAGGGGUUUUAUCAUCCUGGCAUUAUACCUUUUGUCUUUUGUCUACUACAUCACCUUUAUCCCGGUUGGCCACCACGUUGCGGGUAUGAUAGCGUCCGAGAGGGAAUCUGGAAUGUCGGACCUAAUCGACGCAAUGGGCGGAGGAGGUGCUUGGCCGAGGGUUCUGAGCUAUGUCUUCACAUUUGAUAUUCUAUACCUUCCUCUAUGGAUUAUCAUGGGAGCCUUAUACUGGGCUCUCCUUGACCCCGGCCAAAACGCGGCUAUUACGAUAUUCUGGCAGAUAUUCACAGGAUGGGCAAUCACAAGUGCAUCUGUGUUUGGGGCCGCAUUCUUCAAGCGAUUUGCUUUUGCUAGUCUUUGGGUUUCGUUGAUCCCUUGGUUACUAGCUAUCUGCGCUGCCUUCGCGGAAAACCUAGCAGAACCUGCUCCUCUUGGCCAGGUCGUUGCGCUGUCGUUCUUCUUUCCUAGCAUGAACUACAUCUACUUCUUCAAUUUUAUAGCUAAGGCCGAAAUUGUUGGAAUCCGCCUCAACAUGCAGCAACCAAUACCAGACUCGAGCUUAGAUAUGGGACUAGUCAGCGGUCAGGGGCACGGCGUCAAUUGGGUUAGUCUCGCCGGCCCUUAUUUCCUCUGGAUUAUCUUGGUUGUCCAAAUCAUUGGUUACGCGUUGUUAGCCAUUCUGGUUGAGACGUUUCUUCACGGGAACAAUCACCGUCGUCGAACGUUUCACGACACUCCGGAAGCAGCCAAUUCCCAUGUCGCCAUCGAGACUAUCGACUUGGAGAAACAGUAUCGGCCAUCGUGGUUCAAGAAAUUCUUCUGUUGUGCCCGCACUCCGAAAACGAAAGCCGUCGAUGGGUUGAACCUCGUCAGUCAGAAACGCCAGAUCCUUUGCCUGUUGGGUCCUAAUGGCUCUGGGAAAACAUCAACUUUAGACAUGCUAGCUGGAUUCCAAGUGCCUACAGGGGGCCAAGUGAACAUCAAUGCUUCGCCAUCGCAAUUGGGUAUUUGUCCGCAGCGUAAUGUGUUGUGGGACAACCUGACUGUCUAUGAGCAUCUAGUCAUCUGGAAUUCUCUCAAAGGCAAUACCGAGGAUCCAGCGGCCCUCGAAAAACUGAUCGAAAAAUGUGACCUUGCGCUCAAGAAGAACAGCUUCGCGAGGAACUUGAGCGGCGGCAUGAAGAGAAAACUCCAAUUAGCUUGUAUGCUGGUCGGCGGAUCCUCUGUUUGUCUAAUGGACGAAGUUACUUCCGGUCUUGACCCCCUAUCUCGUCGCGCCAUUUGGAACGUGGUUCUUAGCGAGAGAUCCCAGAGAACUAUGGUCCUUACUACACAUUUCCUUGACGAAUGUGAAGUACUAUCGGACCACAUAGUAAUCAUUACACUGGGGAAACUUAAGUGCCAAGGAACACCCACUGAGCUGAAGAACCAAUAUGGCGGAGGCUAUCGCGUCCAUAUUCCAAGGACCGAAGAUAUAUCGAGCAUACCAUACCCAGUGACACAACAACAUGAUAGGUACAUUUGCAGGACGCCAGACUCGACGUCCGCUGCGGGACUUCUAGCCUUCUUAAAGAACUCAAGUGAUUCAGAGUUGUAUAUCACCGGACCCACCAUUGAGGAUGUGUUCCUAAAGGUCUCCGAGGAGCCUCAUACACUCAUCGGUGAGACACCAGAGGAGAUUUCCAUCGCAGACUCUCAGCCAAGCAGGGUGAAAAGCCCACAUGUCGAACCACCUCUAUGGAUUACAUACUCGCAGCAAUUCCGGGCUCUCUUCCUAAAGAGGAUCCAGGUCCUGCGCUCAAACUGGUGGGCCUACCUCUUCACCCUCGCCAUUCCUAUCAUCGCAACUUAUGCCAUCGGGACUUUCCUCAAGGACUACGAGAUUCCCGACUGCAAUCGCCUAAUUUCGUUCUCGCCAUACGAUAGCCGUAUGAGUUACACAUCUACAUACGCAUUAGCACUCGGGCCUCCAUCCGCAAACAGUACGGUCGAGGACAUAAUUAAUUCCACGAGCAGGUACCGCUACAGCGGCUACGGCGGCGGGCCCUACCUUGUAGAUAGCCGGGACGAUCUCGAGGACUUCGUUCGUACCAACACCGCGAAUAUCUCGUACGGCGGCGCGGCAUGGAUGGGUAAUAACACCAAGCCGCUUGUCGCCUACUCCGCGACGUCUGGAUCUUCGGGCGCUUCCGGCCUUUUGAAUCUCGUUAACCAAGUCCGCAGUGGGGAGCGCGUAGCAGGCUACCUGUCUACCCUUCGCUCCUAUCACCAGGCCGAAGGGGGGCAGAGCAUGUUCUACGUUACUAUUUUCUGCCUCCUUCAGGCGCUCUACCCGGCUUUCUUCUCCCUGUACCCGACAUACGAGCGCAGAUCUCAAGUACGGGCGCUUCAAUAUUCAAACGGUGUCCGGCCGUUCCCUUUGCUAUUUUCGUAUUGGAUGUUCGAUUUCGUAUUCGUCCUGGUGAUCACCGCAGUCUGUACCGCCUUAAUCGCUCCUAUCGCACCAUGGUUCGGUAUAGGCUACAUCUGGUUCAUACAAGCGCUUUACGGGCUUGCGGCUAUCCUUUUCGCGUACUUGAUUUCUCUCAUGUCCCGCUCGCAGCCAGCGGCGUUUGCUUACUCUAUCUUGUUCAUGGCUAUCAUGUACGCCAUCUCGAUCAUUGCACUAUUGGUGAUUCAAAUGACGGACGGUGCCAAUCAGAUGGCCAACGACGGAACCGCCUACGGACUCGGUCUUAUCUUCCCUAUACAGAACCUUAUGCGAGGCAUGGCUGUGAGUUUGAACAUGUAUAUUGUCCGUUGCCGAGGCCAGGACAUGGUUACAGACCCGGGCUCAUUCUACGCUUUUGGAGGGCCUAUCAUGCUGCUUAUCAUCCAAAUAAUUGGCCUCUUCAGCUUGCUCUUAUGGCUUGAAGGCGGUAGCUUCGCGUGUAUCUCGAAGCCUAAGCCCCUGCCACCAGUCAUCGACGAUACAGAGAAAAGCGGCUCCUCGUCAGGAAGGCCGGAUGUUGACGCUGAGACCGCUCGUGUGGCUGCAUCGGAGAUGGAUCUCCUUCGCGCGCUUCACGUAUCAAAGAAGUUUGGACCUAAUGUUGCGGUUGACGAUGUGUCACUUGGCCUCCAAGAAGGCGAGAUUCUCGCUCUACUAGGUCCCAACGGCGCCGGAAAGACUACUAUGAUUAACAUGAUCCGCGGUGACCUAACACCAAGUAGUGGUCGGAUCUAUCUUGAGGGCGUCGACGUGCUCAGAAACAAGCGACUAGCUCAAAAGCACCUUGGUGUCUGUCCUCAAUUCGACGCUCUAGAUCUCCUCACAGUCCGCGAACACCUCACAUUCUACGCGCGAUGCAAAGGCGUCGAAGACAUAAAGGGCGCCGUAUCCUACGUGAUGGCCCGCGUCGGCAUCACAAUACACGCAAGCAAGAUGGCGGCCAAGCUCUCAGGCGGUAACAAGCGUAAACUAAGUCUUGCCAUCGCGUUACUCGGUGACCCACCAGUACUUCUCCUCGACGAGCCCAGCUCGGCCAUGGACGCAGCGUCGAAGCGCGUACUAUGGCGUACGUUAGCCGCCGUGGCGCCCGGUCGCUCCGUCUUAUUAACAACACACUCGAUGGAAGAGGCCGAUGCGCUUGCCACACGUGCGGCAAUCGUGGCGCGCCGUGUCCUGGCCGUUGGUACAACGGAGGCGCUACGUAAGACGCAUAGUAAUGAGUAUCACAUACACUUGAUCCUGCGCAGCGCCCCGCUAUCAACAGCAGAGGAGAUGCGUGGCGUAGAGGAAUGGGUGCGCCGCACGUUUAAAAACGCACUGCGCUUCGAAGGCGAGAGCCUUGGUGGCCAGGUUAGGUUCGUGGUCCCGGCCGAUAGCAGGGUUCCCGAAUCGACAAGCGCUUCGCCUACCGACGAUGCGAUUACAAAGGGGCGGCAUGCAACGCGCAGCUUCACAAGAUACCUAAUCGAGACCUUGGAGGCGCGCAAGGAGGAGCUAGGUAUCGACUGUUAUUCUAUCUCCGCUGCGACGAUGGAGUCGGUGUUUAUGAAGGUGGUUAAGGAGAGCGAUGCUGCUGAGGAUGAAGGACGGCAGCAAAAGCGCUGGUGGCGGUGGUGAGAAUCAGGGGCCAGCUGCUAAUUAGCGAC